UGGCAGAACCUGGCGGGCCUCCGCCAGACGCAGACGCGGUCUCGCAGCCAUGGCCUCCAGCGCUGAGUGCUUUCUCACAGUCUGCGCAUGCUUACUCUUCGCCGCCGCAGCUGCACAGCUGUCGCCCGACUGCGCUUUGCAGGUGGCCGCAGUGCGCCGGGCCAUAAGACGCCUAGAGCCCCGAGCCGUCGCCAUGGCGGACGCGUGGGCCAAGCCGGCACCAGGCGUGCUGUCUGGGAACACGCGGCUGCUGGGAGACUUCGACGAGUGCGUGGCCGCCGGGGGCCGCCUGUGCGUGGCAGACCUCGUCCCCAGAGCGGGAGGCGGCGGGGGCGGCGCAGCGCAGCUGCUGGCGGCGGCCACCGCGCACCGCGCCGCUCUGGAGGCGACGCAUCGUCAGGUGACGUUCUUCAUGUCGCGCUUCUCGCAGUGGCAGUGGGCGGCGUGCGUGCCCUCCGCCUGUAACGCCAGCGACGCCCGCCAGAUGGUGCUGGCGGCGCUGCGGCCCCGGCUCCACCCGCGGUUGCAGCUCGGCGUCAGGAUGGAUGAGGAGGACUGCAGCAGCGGAGAAGCUCUGCCCUGGGACCUGCCCGCCGUUGCGGCUCUGAGUUGCGUGGGCGUGGUGCUGGCUGUGUCCGCGGCUGCCAGCGCCGCCCUGGAGAUACGGCGCCGACGCGGGAAGACGGCGGCCGCACCUGGCGAAGGGCCGCCACCAGCGUGGGAGUCGCUGAGCGUGCAGAGCGGUUGGCGGCAGCUGUGGGCGCUGCGGGCGCCCGCAGGCUCGGUGUCCUGCCUGGAGGCUCUUCGGCUGCUCAGCACGCUGUGGGUGGUGACGCUCCACAAGAUGAUCCUCGACGCGCAGCAGCCCGCCGCCAACAAGACCGCCGCCACAAAGUAUGUGGAGGACAUCGUGGUGACGCCGAUCAUGAACGGGAUCUCGUCGGUGGACACGUUCCUGAUGAUCAGCGGCUUCCUGCGCUGCCGGAACAUGCUCAAGGAGCUGGACGAGGAACGGUUCAGCUACUGGCGCUCCCUGCUGCAGAGGCUCAUCAGGCUGGUGCCGGCGUACUUGGCGGUGGUGGGGGUGUACGCGACGCUGCUGGAGCGUGCGGGGGCGGGCCCCCUGUGGCGACAGACGAUCGGGCCACAGGCGGACUGGUGCCGCCGCCACUGGCACCUCAACCUGCUCUUCCUCAACAACUACGUCGCCACCGAGGAGAUCUGCGUGGCGCAGUCGUGGUACCUGUCGGCGGACAUGCAGCUGUUCGCGGCGGCGCCGCUGCUCGUGUGGCCCCUCCGCCGGUGGCGCAGGGCGGGCCCGGCGCUGCUCGCCGCCUCCCUCGUCCUCGCCGUGGCGCUGCCGGCCGCCACCACGCUGCUGCUGUGCGACUGCCCCGCGCUCAUCGGGCUCGCCACCAGGUGGUGCAAAAAGAGGUUGACAGCGUCACAACAGGCAUGGAAGCUGAAGUGGAACGGCUCCAGGGCGUCGUGGCGGCGGCGAGAGAUACAAGAUUCACCGACACCAGAGGCUGAGGUGAGGGCCCGCAAACAACGCUCGCCAAAGCGCCGCAAGAAGCGCCGACUAAACUCUUCGGAGACGCUAUCUUCUCUUCUUGGAAGCCCAGAGGAGACUAACACUAUGGACCUGUCUGACUUGGAACCACAAGCUUCCGAUGUCGCAGACCAUAUGAAUUCGGACAGUGAAAAGCUGUCAUGUCGCUCAGACGACGCAUCCGCUCAGUGGCCUUCUACCCCUUCUGCGGUGGAGUCUAAAGCUGCGAAAGAACAACAGCUGUCACUCAUCAAUGCUGCACAGGAAAAUUUGGAGCACCACAAUGAUAUCAGCUGCGACGAUGCUUCCCUGCGGUACGCGCGGUACGUUUACUUCCCCACGCACAACAGAAUGGCGCCAUACCUGGUGGGCAUCGGGCUCGCCUACAUCAUGCACAAGGGGUACUUCACCAAAAUCACCAAGACGGCGACGCUGGCGUGUUGGGCGGCCAGCCUGGGGACGCUGGCGGCGGUGGUGCUGGGCCCGCGCCGCAUGCUGUUGGCCAGUUUCCGGCUCGAGUCGGCGCUGCCCGAGGUGGUCGCCUACGCCGGCCUGCACGCCGCUGCCUGGGCGCUCGCCACCGCCUGGGUCGUCUUCGCCUGCCACACGCGGCGCGCCGGUUGGAUCGGCACGGCGCUGGAGGCUUCGGUGCUGCGGCCGUGGUCGCGCCUCUGCUACUCGGUGUACCUGACCCAUCUGGCAGUGCUGCUGGUGCAGCAGGGAUCCAUGCGAGUCCCGCCAGCGCUGGAUAAGGCCGCCUUCGUGCGCGGCUUGGUGGGGGACCUGGCGGCGUCGUCGCUGGUGUCUGCGGCGCUCUACCUGCUGCUGGAGGCUCCCUGCCUCGGCCUGGGGCGCGCGCUGCUGCGACGCCUCCGGCGACGACCUGCAGCGCCGCGACGCGCCAGCCAGUCCGACACCUGCGUCACGGCCGCCUGA